AUGGAGGAGCAGUAUAUUUCCAAACUCCACCCAGUAGUGGAUUACGGAGCUGGGGUCUUUCUUCUGAUCAUAGCCAUCCUGACCAUCCUUGGAAAUUCAACGGUCCUUGCUACAGCUGUGAGACGCUCUUCCCUCCUGAAGUCACCAGAGCUGCUCACAGUAAACUUGGCAGUAGCAGACAUUGGAAUGGCAAUCAGCAUGUACCCACUGGCCAUUGCAUCUGCCUGGAACCACGCUUGGCUGGGGGGAGAUGCGUCCUGCAUAUAUUAUGCCCUGAUGGGUUUCCUUUUUGGUGUCUGCAGCAUGAUGACACUGUGUGCGAUGGCCGUGAUUCGAUUCCUUGUUACCAAUUCAUCCAAAUCUAACAGUAACAAAAUCACCAAGAACACUGUUUGCAUCUUAAUUACUUUCAUCUGGCUGUACUCCUUGCUCUGGGCCAUUCUGCCCUUGAUAGGCUGGGGCUACUAUGGCCCUGAGCCAUUUGGGAUCUCUUGUACAAUAGCCUGGAGCAAAUUCCACAACUCCUCCAAUGGCUUUUCAUUCAUCCUGAGCAUGUUCCUCCUGUGCACAGUCCUGCCUGCUCUGACCAUUGUUGCCUGCUAUUUGGGAAUUGCCUGGAAGGUUCAUAAAGCAUAUCAAGAGAUCCAGAAUAUUGACAGGAUCCCUAAUGCAGCUAAACUGGAGAAGAAGCUGACUUUGAUGGCAGUGCUCAUCUCAGUUGGGUUCCUGAGCUCCUGGACACCAUAUGCAGCAGCCAGCUUCUGGUCCAUAUUUAACUCCAGUGAUUCCCUACAGCCCAUCGUUACACUGCUGCCCUGUCUGUUUGCCAAAUCUUCAACAGCAUAUAACCCUUUCAUCUACUACAUCUUCAGCAAAACUUUCCGUCGUGAGAUUAAACAAUUGCAGUGUUGCUGUGGCUGGCAAGUUCAUUUCUUUGGCUCCGACAACUCUGCUGAAAAUCCUGUGUCAAUGAUGUGGAGUGGGAGAGACAAUGUACGUCUCUCUUCAGCUGCAAAGGUGGAAAACCAGGGACCCCCAACUCACUGAAACCCAGUCAAGGUUUCAGAACAUGGGUCAAAAUCUGGACUCACUGGUGAGUCUGAAUGAGUAGGAAUGCAGCACAUGGGGUUGUCACCACAUAUCUUAUGUCAAAUAAUACUCAAAUUUAAGUAUAUAUUUAAGUAUAUUUUAAGUAUAUAUUUUUAAAUAAUGCCUGAUUAUUAUUUUUAAUUAUACAACAGAAAAGGUUAUUUUUUUCCAAGAAUUUCCACUUUAGAAAAAAUAGAUAGAUUUACAUCCUAAAUAAAACCAUUAUCAGCUUUGGUCCCACUUAUUUUUGGAGAAGCAACUACAACUAAAAGAAGAUGUAUUAUUUUUGUAUUUUCUUUCUUCUGCUUUUGACUUUAUGAUAUAAUCUAUCUGCAAACUCUUGGCUCUAUCAGUAAAACACCUGUCAGAGAACACAGUAAGUUGAACACAAAGUGCUACCAAAUAAAUAUGGCUGAGAUUGUAGCUUUCCCAACAAUAUGGGCAGAAAACCAUAAGGGUAGCAAGAAUAUUCACUGCUAGGAAAAGAUGAUGAAGUAGCUGAUAUCAAAAUGUCUUAAAGAGAUCUACAGUUCCUUGCUCCAUCAGAGGUACUGUACCAGCUCCUCGAAUCACAAGCUGGAAAAGGAGUUUACAAAUGUGGCAGCCAUCAAAGGGUGCCUUCUGUAUAUCACAAAUAGCAGGAUGAGAGAAGAAGAAAUCUUUUAGCAGAAGGAAUUAUGCACUUAAGUGAUUGUUCACUGAAGUAUAAAGCUCUUCUAACACUAAAGCAAUCCAAGCUUUUGCUUUCUGGAGCAACAUCCUGCAUGGCUGGGUAUAGCAUGCCAGAAAGCUGCCCUGCAGGAUAAGCUGCCCUGCAGAUGCAGUCUUAGCUCUCAACGCUUCAGUGAGAGAUGAAGACACUCAGCUCCUCACUGGCUGGAGCACUUACCCAGUUGCAGUGGAGAAGAGAGUUUGCUGAUUCAAUUUAAAACAUACAACACAGAAUCCUACUGCUAUCCCAUUUUAACAAAAGAGAUUCUGAGGUGGAAAUAGUUAGCUCCUACAGUUUAAAUCUCUCUUUCUCUCUCUAACUUACUGCUUGAGAUUUUAAAGGGCAUAAGCACAUCUUUAGAUUUCAAAAUAUGGAUGUUGUACAAAAUAUGGCUUGAUAAUUUAGCAGUUCUUGCUUUCACUGUUUGCUCAGCUGAACACAUCUGUCUUUGCUAAGCAGUGAAGGUGGAAGAGUUAAAUCAAAGACAGAUUUGGCACAGAUUUUUGACAUGAAUCUGGAAAAACAGAGCACUGACUUAGAGUUCUUAAAAGCUUCUACCACACUCAAACCCUAAUAAUUAGUUUUAUUGCCAUAAACUACAGGUGAGGCCAAGAACAGGAUUAAGAUAGGGUUAAGCACUGCUAUGGAAUGUAACAUGCUGGCAAGGGAGUUGUUAUGGUAAAUGUCAAGAAUUAGUAUUUUUUUGAGUUUUAAAAAAUAAUCAUCUGAUACGAAAAUGAAGCUGUUUUUUAAUAAUCAUCUCUCCCACCUCAGAGUUUUUGUUUUGACUUGCUCAGUUGCUUUAUG